AUGAAUCUAUCAAUUCCUCUAUUCUUAUUCAUUUUCUUCUUCACCAAAUCGGCUAAUGGUUUCCUUAACUCGAUCUCGGCGUUGAAUGAGUUAGCCGAAUUGGGCAAGAAAGUCUACGAUUUCUUCGAUGACAACAAGGCUCAAACCACAGUCGGGGUGAUGCUCUCGAAAAAUGUGACAGCCGAGAAAAAAAUACAGAUUGCUUCACAGCUUGCCGAGCCAGCGAUUCGCACAAAUCCGAAGCUGAAUCGAUUGAAUCAGGAUUUGAGGGAGGAUUUGAACGCGACACUCACCGGAUUACGGAAUAAUUGGCUAAUGAAACGCACGUUGGAUUCGGUUUUGAAACAAAAGCUUACAUCAAGCAUCGGCAGUAUGCUUCAAAAUGGAACCAUUGAAAAAUUGCCUGUCUCUUUUGCGAAAGACGCGAACCGAAAACUCGCCGAAGCUCUCUACCAAAAUGGCCGGUUGACGAUUCAAUUGGCGAAUAAUAUUUCUGGAAUUGAAAUUUUGGGUGACGGGACCUCGCAUGAUAGUCUGAUUAUCGAUUUGGGAAGGGCUAUUACAUCGAAAUUUGAGAGUCUUUCCAUUGAAUGGAGCGAAAAGUUGACCUCGGUUCUCAACGGCGUUUCGGCGAACAAAAUGCUUAUCGAAACGUUUCAAGGAAAAGUGAUGGCCGGUCUUGAGCUGCUGGGAAACGAGAUGAACUUCUCGAAAGCGACCACCGACGAUUUUCGGAAGAAUCUUUACAAAACAUUUGAUGUCUGUUUCGAUACAACGAUGCAAAACAUCGAAGCCAAGUACGACAAAGAGCCUGGAGUGCUGCAAAAGCUUCGAACACAGUUCGAAUCUCAAUUCGAUGUUUCUCAAAGCGGAUCCGAAUUCAGCUUGACAAAUUUCUGGAAAGAUACGAGCACAGCAGAGAAUUUGAAGCUGAUGACUGAAAUGGAGAGACUUUUCGAGAAGAAAUUGACCGAACACUUGGCGACGCAAUAUUUCAACGACAACGAAGAUAUCAACGAGCAGCUUUCGUUUCAAAACACCGAUCUCAAGAAUUUCAUCGAAAAUCAGGCACAUUUGGAGCACGAGAGGAAGUUCAUUGAGAAAGUCCUCGUGCCAGUCAAUCUGAGAAUGGCUCAGAAAUUGGAGUACUUGAAGUUCAACACCAACAAAAUCUAUUGGAAAAGAUUUCAAGAUCUCUACGAUCACCACAAAAUCGUCUCGAUUCCAGAGGAAAUGAGAUACUAUUACGAGAGAAAUCUCAAAGAACUUUUGCAAUAUGAAAAAAGAAGAGACGACAAAUUUGAUUUCCAAGCGUAUGAGCAUUUCCGAGACCUUUACGUUCAUGUUUAUCAAAUGGCGUGCGAUCUUCGACAUUUCCGCGAAACGCAAGAUCAAGUCGAUCUCGACGUUGAAUUCUUGCAAAGAGAGCACGAGAAAAAGGAGAACGCGACGAGGGAUUUCCGCGAAACUGACAGAAAGUCGUUACUUUCAACGCCCUUGGAAAUCGACACCACGUCACGACGGGAUCCAAUCGUUAGCAGAGCGUGCAGCGACUUAUGG